AUGUCGAACCUAAGUGCCUGCGCAGUGUGUGGCGAUCAGAGUUCCGGGAAGCACUACGGCGUGGCCUGCUGCGAUGGGUGCUCGUGCUUUUUCAAGCGGAGCGUAAGGCGUGGAAGUAGCUACGCCUGCAUCGCCCUCGCCGGAAACUGUGUAGUGGACAAGGCGCGAAGGAACUGGUGCCCCUCCUGCCGCUUUCAGCGAUGUCUGGCUGUGGGAAUGAACGCCGCCGCCGUUCAGGAGGAGCGAGGUCCGCGCAACCAGCAGGUGACCCCCUACCGGAACGCCCCAAGACAUCCUGGGCAAUCUGUGCCAGCGCCAUGUCCAACGGCCCGUUCCCAGGCGCUGCACUUCCAGAUCCUCGCCCAGAUCCUCGUAACAUGCUUGCGACAGGCGAAGGCCAAUGAACAGUUCGCUCUUCUGGAUCGCUGCCAGCAGGACGCCAUCCUGCAGGUGGUGUGGAGCGAGAUCUUCGUCCUGCGAGCCUCUCAUUGGUCCCUGGACAUCAGCGCCAUGAUCGAGGGAUGCGGCGAUGACCAGCUAAAGCUGCUCAUCUUCGAGGCCCAUCAGCUGAAGGCCGACGUGCUGGAACUAAAUUUCCUGGAAUCGCUAAUUUUGUGCAGAAAGGACCUGGCUAUCAGUACGGAGUACGCCGUCAUCCUAGGAAGCCACUCAAACGCCGCUCUGGUUUCAUUAGCACGGUAUACUAUGCAGCAAUCGAAUUAUCUCAGGUUUGGACAACUCCUUCUCGGUCUGAGACAGCUCUGCUUAAAACGUUUUGACUGCGCAUUAUCGUGUAUGUUUCAAACGGUGGUUGGGGACAUACUGAAAUCACUGUAA